AUGGCAAGAAGGGAAAACUGCAAGAAGAAUAAUUCUGAAUUGCCUCACGAACUCAUGUUCAAUAUAUUCUUCUUGUUACCUGUAGCAACACUCCUUCGCUGCAAAUCAGUUUGCAAAACAUGGCUGUCAAUCAUAUCAGACCCUCGAUUCGUCAAAGCUCACUGCAUCGAAUCCCAGAAAAGACAACCCAGUUCUGUACUGGAAGUUGCGAGCGACCAACUCUGCAUUGAUAAUCAUGAAACUAAAACCCUCUUUGAACGGCCAGAAUAUCUUUAUGGUAUGUCCCAUUUCAUAUCUUGCUGUAAUGGUCUUGUUUGUUUAGCCAAUCAUGAUUCUCAUAUUAUAUAUUUGGGGAAUCCAAGUACUAGGCAAUUCAAGAAACUUCCUACUCCUCCGAAAAAAACUGAUUUACGUUAUUGGUUUAUGGUAGGGUUUGGUUUUGAUGAUGUUUCUGGUGAUUACAAGAUUAUUAGGAUUGUUUGUAAAUGUAAACAUAUUAGUUACAAUAUCGAAGCUGAGAUGUAUUCUGCUAAGGAGGAUUCUUGGAAAAAGAUUAAGGUUCCUGAGGGCCUAGAGAAAUUUAAGUUUCCUCGUUUUCGAGGAGUAGGUGUUUUUCUUCCUGAUCAAACCAGAGUAUUGUAUUUUGAAGGCUUUUAUGAGUUAUUAUCAUUUGAUUUGCAUGAUGAAGUGUUUCGAGUGCAUCCAUUUCCCAAACCUGGAAAAUUACUAUCCCUAGGUAAACCAAUAAAGUCUAGUCUUCUGGAAUUUGAAGGUUAUGUUGGUAUUAUCUAUGAGGAAUCUAGUGGUGAUGGUGAAACAGUUCCUAGUCUAUGGACAUUGGACGGGGAUUUUGGUAAUGGAUCUUGGACUAAACAGUUUAAUUUUGAGGAUCAUAUAAAAAAUGAUCAUGUGACUCUAUAUCUGGGUGAUGGACAAUUUGUUGUUGCUGCAGAAAGUUAUAAUUAUUCCCUUCAAAGCAUCUUUUACUACCACAGAAAGAAUCAAUCAAAGGAGUAUCUUGGAGCAUCUCCCGCCAGAGAGCUUACUUCAGUUGUCAAGUACAAUGAGAGUCUUGUUUCCCUCAAAGGGUUUAAACAACUAGAAUAA